GUAUAGAUGGAUUGAGAAAGGAUUUUAACCUUAUAAGAACGAGUGGUUCUUAUGUGUUGUAAAGUUGUAAUGCGCUUUUAUUUUUACAGAAGUCAUCACCUUUGAAGUCUACUCGGUGAAGACCAGAUUCUUUCUGAGUCUUUGAUCAGUUGCUGUACAUUCUCCCGAUCGAUCUUGAUCAUGGCUUUGGCGGUGGUAGGUGGAGCCGUUCUCUCCGGUUUCUUCCAGCAAGUGUUUGUGAAGUUGGACUCUCAGGAGAUCAAGGACUUCAUCAGCGGAAAGAAACGGACCGGUGAGUUGCUGAACAAGUUGGAGACGACGUUGAUCUAUGUUCAUGCUGUUUUCGAUGACGCUGAGGAGAAGCAAAUAAGCAACUUAGCUGUAAGGCAGUGGCUGACUAAGCUCGAAGAGAUAGUCCUUGAUGCAGAGGACCUGUUGGACGAGAUCAAGACAGAAGCGUUAAGCCGGAAAAUGGAAGCUGAGUUCGGAAGUAGCACUAGCAGGAACAAGGUACAAGGUCUUAUCUCUGCUUCAGUUCGUGCCUUCGACGAGACAACUAUAGACUCCAAGAUAGAGAAAAUUCUUGAGAGGCUAGGCUUCGUGGCAAAACAAAAAGAUGCCUUUCAUUUGAAAGCAGGUUGCAAGCACAGAAUCUCACAAACGCUGCCUUCAACUUCCUUGGUUGAAGGCUCUGAUGUGUACGGAAGAGAUAAAGACAAGGAAACCAUCAUUAAGUUGUUGCUAUCAAAUGAUGUUACUGGCAGUAAGAUAGGAGUCGUUCCUGUUUUCGGCAUGGGUGGGAUCGGAAAGACCACCCUUGCUCAGCUCGUUUUCAACGACGAUGCAGUGAAGGGGCAUUUUAACCUGAGAGCAUGGGUUUGUGUUUCUGAGGUAUUUGAUGUUGUUAAAAUAACACAAACAUUGUACGGGUCAGUUACUUCACAAAAUUGUGAUAUGACAGACCUCAAUAUGCUCCAAGUUAAACUCAAGGAGGUUUUGACAAGGAAGAAGUUUCUUUUUGUUCUUGACGAUGUUUGGAAUGAGAAUUACAAUGAUUGGGAUGUUUUAAGGCGUCCAUUUGAGUCUGGAGUUCGCGGAAGUAAGAUCAUUGUCACUACACGCAACAAAGGUGUUGCCUCUAUGAUGGGUACUCGUCCAACCCACCAUCUAAUGCAAAUGCUUGAGGAAGAUUGUUGGUUGGUGUUUGCAAAACAUGCCUUUGAGAAUGAAAGUGGUUUUGUAGAUCCAAAUCAAGAAGUAAUUGGGAGACAAAUUGUUAGCAAGUGUAAAGGCCUUCCUUUAGCUGCAAAAUCGCUUGGGGGCCUCUUACGCUCUGAAUCAAAUUUGGAAGAAUGGAAAAAUAUAUUACAAAGUGACAUAUGGGAGUUGUCAGAUACGAAGAGUGGCAUUCUACCGGCUUUAUGGCUAAGCUACCAAUACUUGUCUCCACAUCUCAAGCGUUGUUUUGGCUAUUGUUCGAUAUUUCCCAAAGAUUAUAAAUUUCGCAAGUCGGAACUAGUUUUGUUGUGGAUGGCCGAAGAUCUUUUACAGCCCAACAGGAUGAAAAUGAUGGAAGAAGUUGGAGAGAAAUACUUUGAUGAUCUAGUUUCAAGGUCAUUCUUUCAAUAUUCCUCGUACAACUCUUUCAUCAUGCAUGAUCUAAUAAGUGAUUUAGCGAAAUUUGUAUCUGGAAAGUUUUGCAUUAGGUUGGAGGAUAUUUGCUCACUGGACGAUGUGACCAAGGCUCGCCAUUUCUCUUAUUUGGAAUCAUACGAUGUCGAUUUCCAGAGAUUUGAUACUUUAUAUGAAGCUAAGUACUUGCGCACCUUCCUUGUAGGGUAUUCAUUGCCCACAGUACGAUGUGAUCUACUUCUAAAACUGCAAUGCUUAAGAGUGCUAAAAUUACAAGGGCACCAUAUGAAGGAGUUGCCUGAUUCGGUUAGCAACUUGAAACAUCUACGAUACUUGAAUCUGUGUUGGACUUCAAUCAAAAAAUUACCUGAUAAAAUAGGUAGUUUGUGUAAUUUACAAACACUAUUGUUGUCAGAGUGUAAAGAUCUUGCUGAAUUACCAGCUACUUUGAGUAGACUUAUCAACUUGCGUCACCUUGAUAUCACGGGAACGAAGAUAAAAAGUAUGCCCCUCCACAUGGGUAAACUGAAAGAUCUUCAAACAUUAGGAGGUGAAUUUGCUUUAGACAAACGUACUGGGAGGAAUAUCGUAGAGUUAAAGGGGUUUCAGCAAUUGCGUGGAACGCUUCAUAUUUCAGGGCUUCACAAUAUUGUCCAUGCCAAGGAUGCUUUGGAGGCCAAAAUGGACGAUAAGAAGCAUCUCAGUGAAGUAUUUUUGAAAUGGGAUGGUUGCGGUGACGAUUCUCAAAAAGAUAAUGCAGUGCUGCGCAACCUGCAACCCCAUACAAACCUAGAAGUACUGACAAUAGAAAGAUAUGGAGGUACAACAUUUCCAAGUUGGUUAGGCGAUGACUCUUUCAGUAAUCUUGUUAGUCUCCGGCUUGAGGAUUGUCGAUAUUGCUUUUCAAUGCCGCCAUUGGGGCAGCUACCCUUCCUUAGAAGGCUUGAAAUUGAGGGGUUAAAUGGAGUGGAAUUGAUUGGUUCUGAGUUUUAUGGAGAAACUAAGCCUGCAUUUAGAUCUCUGGAAUAUUUGAGAUUCCAAUGGAUGCAGGAGUGGCAAGAGUGGUCUUUUGCUGGACGUAUAGGAGGCGAAGGAGGAGAUUUUCCUAAUCUUCGUGAGCUGAGUGUGAAGUUCUGUCCCAAACUUACCGGGAAGUUACAGUUGGACUGCUUCCCAAGACUUGAACUGCUGACAUUGUGGAGUGUUAAUAUUGAGUCCCUUGCUUCUUGCAAGAAUGUGAUGAAUGCCAUAUUGAGCUCCCAUGUCUCCGUGAAUUGCAAACAAUGAAUUGCCGAAAUCUAAUAGGUUUUGUGGGUGGUGGAGUGCUGCUUGCGCCCAAGUUGACGGUGCUAUCUAUGUUCGGGUGUAAGAACUUGUGGUCACUGCCAGAAGAGAUGCACAUCUCCCUGCCAUCUGUUCGGUUUAUAUACAUAGAAAAUUGUGAGGAGUUUGAAGGGUUUCCCCGAGAAUCUGAACUGCUAUCGCUUCGCCAGCUGAGAAUAUCUGAAUGCCCAUAUUUUCUGGGUUUUCGCAGUGGAGGAAGGCUGAUGAUGCCCAAAUUGACAAGUUUGAAAUUCUGUAGAUGUGAGAAACUGAGGACACUGCCAGAAGAGAUGCUCAUCUCCUCUCCUAUGUCUUCAGUCUCUGUCUAUGCAAGAAUGUAAAGAAUUUAAAUCAUUUCCGGAAGAAUGUAACCUCCCAUCCCUUGAAAAUUUGAAGAUAUUGGACUGCCCAAAUUUUGUGGGUUUUCCCCAUGGAGGGUUGCAUGUGCCCAACUUGACGAAGAUAGAUAUGCGUGAAUGUGAGAAGUUGAGCUCACUCCCAGCAGAUAUGCACUCCCUUGUCCCGUCUCUUGAGUUUCUGUCCAUAUCUUAUUGUCCAGAGUUGGAAUCAUUUCCGGAAGGGGGACUGCCGGCUAAGUUGGAGUUGCUCAAAAUCGGAGGUUGUAAAAAACUCAUCGCAAACCGUAUGCAAUGGGGUCUACAAAGACUCACCUCUCUCAGACGCUUAGGGGUCGGCUUCUUUGAAUGUGAAGACGUAGUAGAAUCAUUUCCGGAGGAGGGGCUGCUGCCCGCCACUCUCACUUCUCUCUGAGUCUCUGGAAUUCUCAACCUGAAGGUGAUCGAUGGCAAUGAGUUAAGACACCUGAUCUCUCUCGAGAAGCUUAGGAUUUUCUUUUGCCCUCAACUCCAGAGGUUGCCGGAUGAAGGGCUACCCACUUCUCUUUCUCUUCUAGAAAUCUGGGACUGUAAUUUGCUAACACCACGGUGCCAGAGAGAGACGGGAGAAGACUGGCCCAAGAUUGCUCACAUUCCCAACAUAAUGAUCGACCAGAAAAAGAUAUGAUCGGAAAAGGUUAAACUCUGAUAUAUAUCAAAGAUUGUCCGGAAUCAUUUCUAGAAGGGGAAUUGCUGUCAAAAUUAGAAAGCCUUCCAUCCGCUCUUGCAGCAUGCCGCAAACUUGUCAUAAUGUGAAGAAGAAACUGUAGAAUCAUUUCCGAAGGAGGGGCUGCCCACCACGCACACUACUCUCAAAUUCCUUUGCUAAGAAUCGACAGUGUCUUCUCCAACAAAGCGAUGCCAAAGAGAGACGGGAAGAUUGGCCCAAGAUAGCCUCAUUCUUGCAAUGGUUUCUCGUGUUUUCUUAAUCGUGUCCAACCUGAAGGAUCUCCAACUUCACGGCAGUUAAAAAUUGGGAAACUGAAAUUGCUAUGCCAUGUUGAGUGGACAUCAGUCUCAAAAGCCUGUUGAGGCAUGCUCUCCGGUUUGAAGUAAAAUUCAUUGCACCCUACCACCGGACAAGUAUUGGACGGGGUCUUCUACCGCU